CAGCGUUUGACGAAGGAUUUCAGGUUGCCGAAUGCCGAGCAGCAUUCGAGAUGCCGUCUCCGCUGUCAAGGUGGCUGCGAAAGAAGCAGCUGAGGCCAUUCAGAAGGAGUGGCAAUUUACAUUUGAAGACUACUCCUGCAGACUGUCUUUGGUCCGGCCCAACCUCAUAGCGACAGAUUUCCCAAGCCGACCUCGACAACACUGGCUGGCGGCACGUUUGAACCGCGACCAUUCGGGCAGCUACCUGGUGAUCAACCUGUCUGGAACCAGCUACGACACCUACGAAUUACAAGGUCCGUGCAUGGACAUCAUGAUGUCUGGCUGUGUGCUGCCAUUAGAGGUCUUGCUGCGGCUCGUCGUUUCGGUGCAGCAGUGGCUGUCGCGUGCGGCGCGCAAUGUGGUCGUGGUGCAUGGAGCAGAUGUUUCUCAGUACUGUACUUUGCAAAGGUUCCUAUUCAAAGUACUUUGCAAGGUUCCUCCCAACAUGGAGUUGGCUGGCUUGUCAAGCAUUUUUGCCAAGGAUGGAUCUGGCACAGCAGCGAAUUAUGGGCCAGGUUCAUUUCCGGUGGUCCUCUUCUUUGCAUGCUACUUGAGCUGGGUUGGGAAGGCAGACCAUCCGAAAGAAGCAAUGGUGGAGGUUACCAGGCGGAUGGGAAUUUCUAGAAGUUUGUGGCCGUCACAAUUGAGAUAUCUUAGUUAUUUCGAGCUGCUGCAGCGUGGAAAGCUAGAUUUGUGGUCACAUCCUGCCCGUUUGGCUCGGGUGGUGUUGGUCCACGCGGGGUCGCAUUUGCGCGAUCGUGCCUUGGAAGUGUGGAAGCAAGAGCAGCUCAUCUUCAGGACCAAUGUGAGUGAGGAUGACGAUGUUUGCCACACCUCAGCCUUUCGAAUCACCAGUCCUGCAGAGGGCGACUUGUCCCUCCGUUUGGUCUCUCGCAGAGCACAGGAAGACGAUGGUGCGGUGGGCGAUUGGGAGCUGGAACUGCAGGUUUGCUUCCACACCGCGCUCAUUGCACUUGCUGGUGGCUUCACGCGCUUUCCUUCCUCGGAAAUCGAUUCGGCUUGUGAACAGAGUUGCACCGUAGAUGUUUUUGUGGAGCUUCUCAACACUGGCCAGGAUGAGGGUGACAGUUCAGCUUCAGCCGCAAUGAUUUUAGCAGCUGAGCAGUCUCUUGGAAGCCAAAGAAAAAACUGCGGAGUUCUUUGACCUUUCGGCAGAUGACGCUGAAGAACAACAGGUGGUGUCUGAAGCGCGAAAUCGAUCAGCGGUCUUCGCUCCAGACGACAUCGAUGCCUUCUUCGAAGAGCUCUGACACUUUGUACAUAGCCUUAUGCGGGGUUUUCCCGUGGCUUUUGACAGCAAGCCCAGGUGAACGUGGAACAUCCAAAAGAGUCCGCCACAGAGCUUUGAAAGGGUUAGCGUUUGGUUGGGGAUAAUCGAACGAUAUUCAACGUUUGUCAGUUCUAUGGCG